CCCCCUCAACGUUUUCUCUCCGCAUCCGUCUCCUAGACUAUCUUACUCGACUCUCGGACGUCUAACGAACCACUUCAACUACACCUACCCUACUCGCAGAAUCACCAACAUGUUCGCCAAAUUCACCGCUAUUGCCGCACUUCUCGCUCUCGCAGCCCCGAUCACGCGUGGUGCUGUGCACAACGUGACUGUGGGUGGGCCGGGCAUCCUGAAGUAUGAUCCAGAAUUUGUCAAUGCGGAUCCAGGAGACCAGAUCAUCUUCAUCUUCCAGCAGAAGAACCACACGGUGACGCAGUCUUCGCUCAACGCGCCCUGCGCGCCUCUUCAGGACGGCUUCGACUCCGGGUUCGUCCCGGUCGCCGAUGGCGUCACCGACUUCCCUCUCGCCCAGUUCGAGGUGAAGGACACGAACCCCGUCUGGGUCUACUGCCGGCAAACCGGCCACUGCCAGCAGGGCAUGGUCUUCGCCGUCAACCCCGGCGACAAGUUCGCCACCUUCCAGUCCAACGCCGUCGGAAACAGCACCGCCAGUGCAUCUUCUACGACCGCCGCCGCCUCCGACACCUCCGUCGCCACCGCCACUGCUCCCGCGAGCGUCGUCACCGUGACCGCGACGGUAACCGUCGACGGCCAGACGCAGACGACGACGUACGGCUCGUACCCCGGCUCCGCCGCGCCGACGUCGGUCGCUUCGCAGAACCACAUGAUCGUCGUCGGCGAUAACGGCACGCUCACGUUCACGCCGAGCAACAUCAGCGCGCAGGUCGGCGACACGCUCACGUUCCAGUUCGCGGCGAAGAACCACACCGCGACGCAGAGCAGCUUCGCGAAUCCGUGCAGCCCGCUCUCUGCGAGCAGCACGAGCGGCCAGGUCGGUUUCGAUUCCGGGUUCAUGCCCGUUCCUGCGGGCGCGUCCGGUUCCGGCCUGCCUACCUUCACCGUGACCGUCAACGACACUGCGCCCAUCUGGGUCUACUGCAAGCAGACGAACCCCGCGAGCCACUGCGCGGCGGGCAUGGUCUUCUCUGCGAACGCCAUCGAGUCCGGCCCGAACAACUUCGGCGCGUACCAGGCGAAGGCGAAGGCGUCCGGCUCAUCCUCGACCUCGGGCUCGAGCACGGGUUCGGGCGCGUCGCCGUCGAGCACUGCUGGGGGCGCGAACGGCGCGUCGCGCGCAGCGGAGGCGGGCUGGGGCGCAGGCGCCCUCGUCGCGACCUUCGCUGCCCUCAUGGGCGCGCUGGUUCUGUGAACGCGGAUGUGAGGAGGGAUUUAUGGACAUGGCUACGACGCGCGACGCACGAUGACUUUACGACUGGGUUUGGAUUCGACCUUCUCCGUGUGGUGUAGCAUAUAUUGCCUUCGCGCUCUUGUAGUACUCGCUCCUUGGUUUGUCUACGAUAUCGGACUGGCUUGUCAGCUGUAGCAAUAUCAUAUGAAUUCGACUUCGAAGAGAAACACCUUAUAUCAACUCCACCACACGUCUCUCAGCGUCCAUGGUCAUCCAUGGCGCGAGCUCAUCAAGUCCGACCGCAUCAUCACUCAACUUCAAAGUCAAGGACCAAUAUCCAAGACGUCUAAACCGGUCGCCCUCCAGAUCUGACCUUGUCACGAGCAGGCCCUCCCCAGUGAUAAGGCCCUCCCCAGUGCGUUCUCCCCUAUUGAUCAGAAUGAGCCAGCUUUCGCCCGCCGCCGCGCGCUCGUCGCUAUCGAGGUAGAGGUCACACUGUCCCACUCGCAUCAGGAGGGAGUCGUCCGCCCUGAACGUUCCCCGCCCGACAGCAAGGAGCCGUCCCGGGUCGCGCGCCAACAUCGGCCCAUGGACCAGCCCUGGGUCAUUCGCCGGCUCUGACCCGCCGAACUGCAGCUCACCCAUCUUGACAGACACGUCCGAGCCGGCCAUCCGGGAUCGCAGCUCGCGCGAGGGCGCGAAGAGCCGAUAGUAAAACGUAUCCCCGUAGCCCCCGCUCGGCUUAUCAGGCGGCUCGAAGACGACCCACGCCGGCGCGACGACGGCGCGCAGCUUCAGGUGCCCGGCGGUGACCUGACCGUACGGAAGCCGCUCGUCGCGGAGCGUCACCGCGCACUCGAGGACGUCGCAGACGUCGACGAUGCCCUCAUUGGAGUUGUACGCUGCG